GGUACGAGGAUCUAGACGGAGGAGCGACACGCAGCUACCGCCGGCUCAUCAACACACACGCUGACCGCAAGUGAGGGUCUGACGGGGGAGCCGCAGAGAGACAGUCCGAGGAGUGUAGGAGAGACGACCGGGGACCUUCAGGAGAACAGAGCCCACUUCUCAUUCAGCCGCUUCUCCUUCCACAUCUCCGCCGCGGGGCGUGGAGCGCAGCGCGCAGCAUCUGUGACGCCGCUUCUAAUGUUAGCCAGCAAGGAAUGUUAGGUCUAGGCUUUUCUAGACCAGAGGCCUACAACAUCCUCCUCUAAAUCUAGAACGACCUCUGUGCCGGUGGAUAACCCCAGCCGAAGCACACCUAGUGAAUUUGAACUGACGGUGGAUUACAACAGUCUCCAUCCAGACAGCAAACCAAAACAGAGCAUUUCCAUUGCUCCAUUUUUAUUAUUAAAAUCCAUAACUUUUAUCAUUUAUAUUCCAUUUUGUAAGGAUUCCAUUGGCUAUGAGCUGUACUUUCUAAUCGUAUACAAUUUUUUUAAGUAAUCUAUAAAAAUGGCUCCUGGAAUGGAAGCAGCGGACAUUGCUGUGGUAGCACUGUAUUUUGUCCUCGUGAUGGCCAUCGGGGUUUUUGCCAUGUGGAAAGCAAAUCGCAGCACAGUGAGUGGCUACUUCCUGGCUGGACGCUCCAUGUCAUGGAUAGUGAUAGGUGCAUCACUCUUUGUGAGUAACAUUGGCAGUGAACACUUCAUAGGACUGGCUGGAUCAGGAGCAGCAAGUGGAUUUGCUGUUGGAGCAUGGGAAUUUAAUGCACUACUACUUCUGCAGCUGCUUGGUUGGGUGUUCAUCCCUGUGUACAUCCACUCAGGUGUCUACACCAUGCCCCAGUACCUGUCAAAACGCUAUGGUGGCCACAGACUAAAGGUUUACUUUGCUUUCUUAUCCAUUAUGCUGUAUAUUUUUACCAGGCUGUCCGUGGACCUGUAUGCUGGAGCUCUUUUCAUUCAGGAGUCCCUGGGGUGGAACCUUUACCUGUCUAUCUUCCUGCUCAUCAGUAUGACGGCAUUACUCACCGUCACCGGGGGACUGGUGGCAGUACUGUACACGGAUGUCCUUCAGGCAGUGUUGAUGAUUGGUGGAGCCUUAACCUUAACCAUCAUCAGCCUAAUCAAAGUGGGUGGGCUUGAGGGUGUUAGAUCGAAGUACAUGCAAGCGGUUCCCAAUGUAACUGCUAUAAUAGCUAGUGGAAACUUCACAUAUUCUCCUUCCUGUCGGAUUGAGCCUAAACCAAACUCGCUUUACAUACUUAGAGGUCCACUGGAUGAAGAUAUCCCUUGGCCAGGCUUCAUUCUUGGCCAGACCCCUGCAUCUAUAUGGUACUGGUGUGCAGACCAGGUCAUAGUCCAGAGAGUACUAGCAGCAAAGAACAUUGCUCAUGCAAAGUGCUCCACACUCAUGGCUGGUUUUCUCAAAAUUCUUCCCAUGUUUGUGAUUGUCAUUCCAGGAAUGAUCUCCCGUAUCCUGUUUCCAGAUGAAAUUGCUUGCAUAGGGCCAGAGCACUGCAUGUCUGUGUGUGGUUCUCAAGCUGGCUGCUCUAACAUUGCGUACCCACGCCUGGUCAUGGCUGUGAUGCCUGUGGGACUCAGGGGUCUGAUGAUGGCGGUCAUGAUCGCCGCCCUGAUGAGUGAUCUUGACUCAAUCUUCAACAGUUCAAGCACCAUCUUCACCCUGGACAUUUACCAAACUGUUCGGAAAAAGGCUUCACAGCGCGAGCUGCUGAUUGUUGGCCACCUGUUUGUUGUGUUCAUGGUGAUCAUCAGCAUUGCUUGGGUCCCUGUUAUUAUUGAAAUGCAAGGUGGACAGACAUAUCUGUACAUCCAGGAAGUUGCUGGCUACCUCACUCCACCAAUCGCUGCCCUCUUCCUCCUUGGUGUGUUCUGGAAACGGUGUAAUGAGACAGGUGCAUUCUGCGGGGGCAUGACAGGUUUUACUCUUGGUAUCACACGGCUGAUCUUAGCGUUUAUCUACCGCCAGCCUCGCUGUGACCAGCCAGAUAAUAGACCUGCCUUCAUCAUCCAUGUCCACUACAUGUAUUUUGCGGCUGGGCUGUUCUGGAUUUCAGGGCUGGUCACAGUGGUGGUCAGCCUCUGUACUGCCCCACCAGAUGAGGAGCGGGUUCGCAACACCACAGUCUGGGGGCUCCGCAAUGUUGAAAUGGUUCUUGCAAAGGAUAGAGAGGAAAUGUACAAGCUGACUGACCAGAGCCAACCUAAUGUUGAUGGAAACCUUCUCAAAGAACUGCCUCCGGAUGUCAGAAAGGAGAGAUGUUUGGAUGGGGCCGAUAUUAAACUCCUGGUCCCAUCCACUGACCAUGUGCCCACAACACCUAGUACAGAAACCUCCCCUGCAACCACCCCUCCAGAGCAAUUUGGUAAUAGCAGGAUGGAGAUGAUCAGGGCAGUCGACAGCUGCCAUGGGGAUGGGGAGAAUGGCAGGUGUACACGUUUACUGGAUUGGAUUUUCUCACAUAAGGAUGUGGCACAGAGUACUCAGCCAAAAGACUCUCAGGAGGAUGAAGUACUCAUCGCAAAGAUGCUGUAUGAGUCCCCUAGAGUCAAGCUUCUCCUCAACAUGGGACUUUUAUGCGUCUGUUCUGUGGGUGUCUUCAUGUUUGUGUAUUUUUCACUGUAGCUGAACCUGGCACUAAACUAAGGGAGGUGGGUGCUUUUUAUGAAGCUGAAAGGUGUGUGGGUGGUUUGGGUACUUUAACAAACUGUCUGUAAUAUUUACAGUUGUCUUUUGUAGUUCUCUAACAGGGAUCAUAGCUUAUUCUAAUAAUUUUUUGAAAUGAUUAAAGCUUCUAUUUACUUAUUUAUGACUAUGAAGCUUUUUUGGCACUGCUGUGUCCAUUUUGUACAGUGCUUGUUGUUAAUCCUUUAGAGCAUCUGCUGGGAUUUUGAGAAUCGUAGUAAUCCAAGUGAAUUUUAAUAUUUGCCUUAUUUGACAUAUGCAAAUAGACAAAUGUGUGAUUUUAAAUGUUUUUCAUUUUUGUGGAUUGAGUGUAAGCUUAGUUGCUGGUGGAGCAUACAUGUCUGUAGUAACUGAACUUUUAGGUUUUAUGACUUAAAAGUUUUGUACACUAAGAUUAUUACAACAGUCAUAUUAUUAGUCAUUACUAUUUAGUUUUCCUGGAUGAUCCUUUCAAGUUUGGCAACUUAACAGAUACAUUUUUAAGUGUUAUUUCUUUCUCCAAAAUAUUCUAUCCCUUUUUAUAAGGUGAUCAUUCUGAAAUUUACAAAAUAAUUCUUCAUAUUAAUUGCAAAGAAGUUUUGCUUCUCUGCUGGUGUUGCAUAUGACAAAUAUUUCUUUACGGUGAUUGAUUAUAUUCACUAGUUUUAAUUAUCCUCCUUGAGGUUUUGCAUCAAAAAUGAUUUUGCCCAGUUUACAGUUAGCACCUUGUAUUUCACAUGUACAUAUUUUGAUGCACAUAUAAUUGAGGGGAUACACAGAAGUGCAGAAAUUGUUACCUGUUUUUUAAAGAGUUUUUAGCUUAACUAAUUAUUGUGUGGUACUUAUUCAUUGUCAUUGGCUGUUACUCAUAUGUUUCGUCACUGAUUACGAAAUUCCAGUUAUAUCUGGAGCUAUAUUGGUAUUUCUCAAUGGUUCAAAUUUUUGGUUUGUAUGCUUUUUGUAUUACUGUGUGUUUCGUGUUUGUUUAUUUUUUUGAUCUACUUCUAUUCUCUUUAUAAGAAAACAUUUCCAAUGUUCAAUGAUCAAUUUAUGUUUUAUGUAUAUCUCAUUUCAUGUUUCACAUCAAUGAAGAGUGUGUCAAGGCGGUUGCAUUGUGUCCAAUAUUAUACAUGGCUCAUUGGAUUGCUGAUAGUAGACUUGUCUUUUGUAGUAAUCUGUUUUAAAUAUGCGGUGCAUCAAUGUACCUUUAGUGCACUGCGGUCUUAUGCACCCUUUACCAAAUGUGUCUUAGUGUGCAAAGUAAAAGUGAAAAAAAAACACACAAAAUAAGUUUUACGUCUUGAAAUUGUUUGUGCACUAAAAAACACAUUUCUUUAAAGACAUGUAGUAAAUCAGCUUUGUCAGUUAGUUAAGUACAUUGUCAACGAUGAUGCAAAGCAGACAUUGCAUUUCAGCCAAUAGGGUGAGCACAUUACUGCAUGAAUAAACUCAUGACAUUUUCAAGGGUUAUUCAACCACUUCUGGAUUGUGCUCAUCCAUUCCAGAGUGGAAGGUGACAGAUCUGAAAAACACCUAGCACCAGAAGAAAAUAGAAAGGUAAAUAAUGUUGUGUUUAUUAAGUUAAGCGGAGAGUUAAAUGACCUCAGUACGAAGAAUUUGGUUCAUAAUGUAACCGGCAUAAAAGAUGCAUAACAUAUUGAUGAUUGAUAAGUAGUGAAUGCUGUAUGGGAAUGAGCUUUAAAAAAAGCUGAGCAAAUAUACAUUGUUAUUUUUAUGGACUUUAUUUUUAGAAACUGAAAAUAAAGGUUCUGUGGAGACAAAAAAAAUCAAAGGUGUUGUGAUUCUUUAUGUUGUGACACUGUUUUACACUCUCAUCAAACUGGCUAACAUAAAGUCAGUUUGGUGUUACGCAAGUUUUCUGUUUCAUGUCAUUAUUAUUUCCUGUAAAUUCAGGUGAUUUGUUGACUUGCAAAGAAUUAAAGAAUAUUGCAAAACCAGAAA